AUGGAGCCUCACCGACGGCUUCCCCGACCUUCCGAAGGGCACGUGCCUGCAGGAGAGACUUUCGAGAUCCAGGCCAGCCCAGACACGAUAAAGCAGUACCUCCUCGACGCGAAGGACACGGAUUUCUCAUGGCUUUCCAACAACUGCUCCAGCUUCUCCGCUGGCCUCAUGCGAGAGCUGCUCGUUACUAAGCCGUCCAAGCUGCCGGACCUUUGGCCGACGUGGUCCCGAUGCCUCGCCACGCCCCCCGUGAAGGUGCCCGGCUCGGGCCGCGGGCGGCGUGGAGCCGUGCCGCGGGCGGCGUGGGGCGAGGUGCCCGGCGUGGGGCCGUCCCACGGGCCUCCGUCGCGCGCCGCCGGCGCGCAGGAGGCGGUGGGCAGCCAGACGGGGUUCAUGCUGGACGCUGGUAUGGACCGUGCCAUUGACUUCCCGAAGGCAUUCCCGCUGUACUCCAGGACGACAGCCGUUGCCGACGACGACGCCAUCCGCCUGGACUGCAUCGUGGAGAGCAUCGAUCCGAAGGUUGACGCGCAGGAGCCGCAGGAGUUGCUGAAGUUUGGAUUUUACAUUCCGGAGGCCUCAACGUACAGCAGGACCGGCGCCGAGCGAGAGCUGUCGCGAAGCAGCUCGACGUCGACGAUCUCCAUCUGAAGAGAAGGACUGGAAAAGGCAAUUCGCUGGACGUCUCGGGGUACAUGGCCGCAGCUGCCCACGCACCCUUCAGAGGUCGCAGUCUACAGUUUCAGGCCCUGCAGCAGCAGCCAUAGCCGCCCCAUCUCUUCCGCGACCUUCCUUGAGCAGAAGAGGUGCACUCAGCUCCCGCGCCUCUUCGUUGUUUCGUUCGCCAUCGACGGUCCUGGGUCCCGAAGGACGGCCUCCAGACGCCGAGAGCUGC